AUGAGGUCGGCGUAUUGCCUGCUGCCUUGCCUGAUCCUGCUGGCUCUGUCUCUCCUGGUGCUGUGUUCCCUGUCUCAUCCUCAUCGUCAAGCUGCUCAACUCCAUGCCAGGGAAGGUGCGGUGGUCAUCAGGUAUUGGUGUGAUCAGCAUCGAGAGGGCGUACCCUCUGUCGCUAGGGGCCAACAUCGGCACGACGACCACGGCUAUACUGGCAGCCAUGGCAGCACCUGGAGACACACUGGCCAACGCUCUGCAGAUCGCUCUGAUUCACUUCGUGUUCAACGUGUCUGGUAUCAUCUUGUGGUAUCCAAUCCCUUCACCCGUAUCCCCAUCCGAUUGGCUAAGGCCCUGGGUGACAUCACGGCAGAGUAUCGCUGGUUCGCCGGCGUCUACAUCAUUUCCUGCUUCUUUCUCCUGCCCCUCUUCGUCUUCGGCCUAUCGAUGGCCGGCUGGAAGGUGCUGGUUGGUGUGGGCGUUCCCAUAGUGGCCCUGUUGAUCAUCAUCAUUAUAGUGAACGUGCUUCAGGCACGGCUACCCAGCUGUCUCCCCGCGGUACUGCACUCCUGGGACUUCCUGCCUCUCUGGGCCCACUCCUUAGAACCCUGGGACCGCGUGGUCGCCGUGGUAGCCGCCAAAUGCUGCUGCUGCUGCAAGUGUUGCCAGACCGGACCGGAGGAGGAGGAGGAGGAGGAGAAAGGGAGGAGGAGGAGGAGGGCAUUUCCUGGAGAUGUACGACAACCCUGCCAUGAUGAACGGUGUUGACUGGGGGAAAAGAGGGAGGACAAAGAGGAUGUCUUGAAAGCAACGCAGCUUUGAUGCACCGUGACACUUCGUAUAGGCAUUAUAACCUGUCUAUAAUGUGAUUAUGGUCUUAUGACUCUUCUAUAACAUGGUUAUAAAGGUGCUAUGUAGGGUUACAAAAUUACAAUAACUAUUCCAAAAUUCCCUGUUUUGUUUUCCGAGAAAUCCUGGUUAGAGGAUUCCCAGAUUUCCUGGUUAUUUCCUCGUAAUUC